AAAGCAGGCAAAACGCGAGUCAGACCCCCGAAUGUAAACAUGAUGACAGGCAGAUGAGAGGAGCACCAAAAUGGUCUUCGAAAGCGUAGUGGUAGACGUCCUCAACAGGUUUCUGGGCGGCUACGUUGUCAAUCUUGACAGCUCGCAGCUUAAACUCGGCAUCUGGGGAGGUGAUGCAGCACUUACAAAUCUUGAAAUUAAGGAGAAUGCUUUGAGUCAGCUUGACAUUCCCUUCAAAGUGAGAGCGGGACACAUAGGACGCCUGCAACUCCAGAUUCCGUGGAAGAACCUUUAUACCCAAUCCGUGGAGGCCACACUAGAUGGCGUCUAUCUGCUCAUUGUGCCAACAGCAAGUAUCAAGUAUGAUGCGGAAAAGGAGGAAAAGCAGUUGCAGGAGGCGCGACAGAGAGAGCUGCAAAGGAUUGAGGAGACCAAGCUGAAGGUCGCUGAGCAAGACAACCCUACGGCGGAGAAGCAGGACACUUUUGUGGAGAAGCUCGUGACUCAAAUCAUCAAAAAUGUUCAAGUCAAGAUCUCCAAUAUUCAUAUUCGCUAUGAGGAUGAUGUCACCAAUCCGCGUUGCCCUUUGUCCUUUGGUGUGUCUCUUAGCAACCUUAGCCUUCAGACUUGUGACGAGGACUGGAAGCCGACUGUCUUGGAUGAGAAUGCAAGACUUUUCUACAAGUUGGUUCAACUGGACAAAUUGUUUGCCUACUGGAAUGUCAACUCGGUGCUUUUCUCUAAUCACAGUCCAGAAAAGGCUUUGCAUUGUCUCAAGAAUAGCCUGGCUCUUAAAGGCUCCUGUCAUUCCGACCAUGAUUUCAUUUUGCAUCCCAUCUCGGCUGGAGCAAAGCUUUGCAUGAAUCCUAAGUCAGACGUGGAUUUCUCAUCUCCUAAAGUGGACUUCAUGGUCAAUCUCAGUGAGGUGGCCAUUGAGCUUAAUCGACCCCAGUACAUCAGCAUCCUGGAGCUAUUGGGUUCAGUGGAUUUAAUGUCACGUAAUCUACCAUACAGGAAGUACAGACCUGAGGUCUUGGUUCAUAACAAUGCCAACAUUUGGUGGGCCUAUGCCAUCACAAGCAUCUUGGAGGUGGACGUCAAGCCCCGUCUCCGCAUGUGGUCAUGGCACCACAUUCAGCGGCACCGCAAGCUGGUGAAGCACUACCGCGAGCUCUACAAGAUCAAGAUCACCACCAAGAAACCCAGCGAGGAGCUACUCAAGGACCUGCAGGAGCCUGAGAAGACAUUGGAUAUUUUUAACAUCACUCUAGCAAGACAGCAGGCUGAAGUGGAGGCAAGUAAAGCUGGGCUGCGUAUUUACCGCCCAGGCUUGAAAAUGGAGGAAGAGCAGUCUCAAGGGUGGAUGAGCUGGAUGUGGAACUGGGGUGCAGAUCCUGACACUGAACCAAAGGAGGUCAAGACCACAGGAGGAGGGUUUGAUGAGCUGUUAACUUCUGAUGAGAAAUCCAGACUGUACGCUGCCAUCGGAUACAGUGAGACUGCUGCCAAUUUCAUUUAUCCAAAGGAAUUUGAGGACAUGAGGGUUGAUUUCCACAUGGAAAAGCUAAGUGUUUCCAUCAAAGACAGCAAGGACAAAGAUGAGAUUGUCAAACUGACUGUUGGAGAGCUGAUGUCCUCCCUGACACAGAGAUCUGGAGCUCAAGCCAUUAAAUUCACAGCUCAGCUCAGUUUGUUCGAGAUCACAGGUCUGGCAGGUAACCGGUCUGCUCCCACCCUGCUCUCAUCCAAGACCGUCGGUACUGUAACGGGAACCCCGCUCCUCAGUCUGUUUUUCGAGACUAACCCUCUGGAUCAGAGUGUCAAUCAGCGGUUCUUUGCUGAAUCUCAACCGCUGGAAAUAAUCUAUGAUGCUAUGACAGUGAACGCCAUGUCGGCAUUCUUCAGGCCACCUGACGACCUGGAGUUGGACGAACUCACAAAUGCAACCCUGAUAAAACUGGAGCAGUUCCGAGACCGCACAGCCACUGGUCUAAUGUAUGUGAUUGAGACGCAGAAGGUGUUGGACCUGAAAGUGAACCUUUUGGCGUCCUACAUCAUCAUUCCCCAGACCGGUUUUUAUGACGGCUCUCAGAACAUCCUGCUGCUGGAUCUCGGACACUUGCAGAUGUCCAGUCAGAGCAAAAAGCACCUUCCUCAGCUGUCUGCAGGCUCCAGCAAAAUCGAAGACAUCAUGCUGAGAGCUUAUGACAGCUUCGACAUCCAGCUCAACAACCUGCAAUUUAUUUAUAGUAAACCAGACAAUGACUGGAAAAUGGCUCGUAAACAGAGGCAGUCGCCCCUCCACAUCCUGGAGCCGGUGGAUUUAAAAAUGGAGUUCAGCAGGGCCAUGGUAGUCAAGGACUCGCGCAUGGCAAAAUAUAAGCUGUCUGGAGAGCUCCCUCUGCUCUCCCUCCGAAUCUCCGACAUUAAACUCAGAAAUGUUCUAGAGCUGGUGGACAGUAUCCCACUGCCGAAGUCAAGUCCUUCCCCGGCUAACUCCAGUGUGCCCACACAUUCAAAGCCCAAACAGUUCACACCACAGCUGUCCACAAGGAGACAUCUGCCGUUAGCCGACCAGCGCUCCUCUCUGAUUUUCGAGUCAUGUGAAACUAUUAGUCUUACUUCACUAGGGUCUGAAGAAGAUUUAUUCUACGAUGCCCCCAGCUCUCCCAUCACAGGGCAGCAAUUCUUCCCCGACAGUCCCGUGCCGCUGCGCUAUGCUGACCUGAACAGACAAAAGAAUCUCGCCCAGGAGGAGCGUCUGAAGAACAUGACCGACUUUCUCAUGACAUUUGAAAUCAGUGAGUUCUCUGUCCAGUUGUGUCGCCUAACUGGUAGCUGUCAGGAAGUGGUGGUGCUCCACUUGGAUGUGGAGGGCCUUGGCACCGAGCUGAAAAUGCGUACGUUCGACCUGACGUCCAACACUUAUCUCAAGGAGAUCUGCCUCAAGUGUCCUGAAUACAAAGAUUCCGAAAGCAGAGAAAUCCAUCUGAUCACUACUUUGGAUAACGCAGAGGUUGACAUGCUUACUCUGGAGUAUACAAAAGCUGAAAAGAACAGUCCUGAAUUCAAGUCCUUGCACAACAACACAGAACAGCUAAUAAAGGUGACCUUCUCAUCGCUGGAUGUUAAUCUCCAUACGGAGGCGCUCCUCAACACCAUGAACUACCUCAGUAAUCUGCUGCCACAGUCCACCAAAAAUGAGGAGAAUGAGCAGGAGGAGCUCCCCACCAUCCCAGAGGUGGAGGAACUGGAGGAGGAUAAGGAGGAGGAGGAGGCUGCUGUUGCCAAAAGAAAAACACCAAAGAAUUCCAAGGCCCCAGCUAUCAUCAAUCUGCACAUCAGAGCCGAUCUCCGCUCUCUGAAGGUUUAUAUUCGAGGGCAAAAUACCAGGAUCUCGGAGAUCAGAAUCGAAGGCCUGGUGUCUGAGGUUCUGAUGAGGAAGAGAGAGAUGAAAGUCCUGGCCAAUCUGAAGAACAUCAUUGUCUUUGAUUGUGACGAAACUGCUGUCUAUAAAAAGGCUGUGUCAAUAGCAGAUAGGGAGGUAUUUGCCUUCCAGAUGGUCAACUACACGGAUGCAACUGAGGGCGACUCUUACCUUGACAUGUCUCAAGUUGACACCUCGGUCACAUUGACUGUGGGAUGCAUCCAGGUCAUCUUCCUCAACAAGUUUAUGUCCUCCAUUCUGACAUUCAUAAACAACUUCCAAGAGGCCAAGGAGGCUGUCGCCGAGGUGACCCAACAGGCAGCUGAAAAGGCGGCGUCAGGCGUGAAGGAGUUGUCGGAGCGCAGCACGCGCAUCUCUCUCAACAUCCAUUUCAAGGCGCCCGUCAUCUUUGUCCCACAGUCGUCCUCAUCAUCCAACGUCCUGGUGGCCGAUCUGGGCUUUCUCUCAGUCAAGAAUCAUUUUGCCUUGCAACCCUCUAAGAGUUACCGCAAGAUCCCACCCAUGGUGGACAUUAUGGAAGUAAAACUCACAGACCUCAAGAUGUACAGAACAACAUUCAUUAAUGGAGUAUUCCAGGGCGAAAGCAACUUGUUGCAACCAAUCAGCCUGGAAGUUGAGGUCCAGAGGAAUCUUUCGUCCAAGUGGUACCACACCAUCCCUGACAUAGAGAUCACUGCUCAUCUUAUGCCCUUGAAUUUGAUCCUCAGCCAGGAUGACAUGGUGGUUGUCUUCAAGACUCUCAGUGAAAACCUCACAGAAAAUUCUGACACUGCUACUGCCUCUGCACCAGCUCCCACUGAAGACUCGACGUCCGACUUGGCACCUCGCAGCUCCGGAAGCACAGAUAAAGGCAUCAGCAGCAGCAACACAGUGGUGACAGCAGCCGUAGUGGAGACUCAGAAGUCCAUCAGGUUGAAGACGAACAUGAAACUAGACUUCAAGAUUGACUCCAUGGCACUGAUCCUGUUUAAGCCUGCUGGAAAGGAGCUUUCCUUUUUGCAGCCACAUGAUGAUGAGCUGAAAUUGGGUGAGUUCACCCUGGGCACCAUCUCUUCCUCCAUCACCAUGUACUCUGACAGCUCUAUGAAGGCCGCUGUUCGACUGUCCACCUGCCUCCUUGAUGACAAGAGGCCAAAUAUCAAGACGAUCAGCCCGAGGAUGAUGGCCAUGCGUCCCGGAACAGAAAAUAACAUGAUGGUGGAGGUCAACUACCGGCAGAGCCACGAAGGCACUACCUUGGACACAAUCGUACAGGAUGUGUACCUCUGCGCUAGCAUGGAAUUCCUCCUCACUGUGGUGGACAUCUUCCUUAAUGCCACUAAGGAGGGUUUCACUGAGACACCACAAACCACAAAUAACCCAGUGUCUGGAGAUAAAAACAACAUACCUGCAGAGCCGAAGGAAUCAGUCCCCGCUGCAGCCAACGUUUCAAAGUCUGAGAUCAACGUUGUUGUGCGUAACCCGGAGAUUGUGUUCGUGGCCGAUCUGACGCGCGCCGAUGCCCUGGCCCUAGUGAUGACCACGCACUGCGAGUUAAACAUGAAAAAUGAUGCAGAGAGUUCAAUGAUGACUGCCGUAAUCCAAGACCUUAAGGUGGUGGCGUGUCCUUUUCUGAGGGAGAAGAGAGUUCAUAAUGUGACUACAGUUCUGCAGCCAUGCCAGGUGUUCUUUCAGAGUGCUCAGUCACCAACAUCUCCACAAGAUAUGGAGAUCUCCAUCAAUUCUCUCUCAUUCAAGGUUUCUCCCAUCAUCAUCAAGACAGUCAUUACCAUUCAGUCAGUCCUGACUCCCACCCAAGAGACCACAGAGAUGCUCGAGACUCCUGUUCCUGUGGACAUGUGGUCUAAACGUGACUGGAAGGAUCUGAAACUGUGGUUCUUAGAGGAACAGGGAGAAGCAAAAGCACAAGAAGCAGCCCUGCUCAUCCCACAGGGGGAGUCACUUAAGUUGGACAUCAAAUCAAUUUGUGUGACGCUGGAGGCUGGAGUGGGACACCGCACUGUGCCCAUGCUUCUGGCAAAGUCCUCCUUCCAAGGAGAUGUCAAAAACUGGUCCACUCUUAUCAACUUGCAGAGCGAGCUAAAUUUGGAGGUCCAUUACUACAAUGAGGUGGUGGGAGUGUGGGAGCCGCUUCUGGAGCCUUUAGAGGAUGAGACAAGAGAUGGUUUCCGACCUUGGCAACUCGAAUUCAAGAUGAAAACGAAGCCAUUGAAGAAUAUUGAGUGGGCUGAUGAGGUGGACUACAGUGUUCCAGACUACAAGACUGUCAUGAUGAUCAGCAGCAAGGAUCAGCUCAACAUCACCCUUUCCAAAUGUGGUCUUGCCAUGCUGAGUAACCUGGGCAUGGCUUUUGCCAACGCUGCCAAGGAGACAACCGGAUGUUUCCAGAAGGAUGAGCCUCCGUUUGUGGUGAAGAACCGCCUGGGCCUGCCUGUUUCCGUCCAGUUAAGCGACAUGUUUUCCCCCGUCACAAUCCACAGUAACGACCACACCAUCGAGCUGCAGGAUGGCCAAACACUCGGGAUGGACUAUUCUGUAACCACUGAGUCGGACCAGUUCUCUGCUAUGAUCUCCCUCAGUGAAAAGGACUACUACAUACAGCCAACUCCAGCGGGCCACACGUCAACUAGCAUCAUCCCCUUGAUCAAGGUGGGACGGAGAAUGUACAGCGUCAUGCACGAGGUGUCGGGAGUCACCCGCUUCCUGGUGUGUCAGGUUUAUUCUGUGGACAGUAGCAAAUACAUCAAGAUCCGCUCACCUUUCCAGAUCAUCAAUCAUUUCUCCAUCCCCUUUAAAGUGUUUGAGGGGUCGACGUAUUUGGGUACGUCGUUACCGACCGAGGAGUUCUGUGUGCCUCUGGACUCAUAUAGGUCCGAGCUGAACCUUCAGCCCGUCACAGGGGAUGAUGGUGACCAGUUCGAGUGCUCGGAGGGCUUUAGCUACGAUGACAUCAACCUCCAGCAGCCCAAGAUGCAUAUUCAGCAGAGGUGCCACCAGCGCGGAAACCCAGGCAGGGUUCUGACAGUUAACAUCGUGCCUGUGAAGGACACGGUGACGUUCAAGGACAUGGGUGGCGUGGGGGACAACUUUGACGUGCCCUUUGUGCUUCACUUGUGGCCUUGUGUCCUGCUCCGGAAUCUUCUGCCUUACCCAAUCACCUACAAACUUAAUGACAGUAGCGCAUUUACCCCAGAGUCCACGUUGGACCCGGGCCACUCCGCCCAGCUUCACACUGGCGUCAUCAACCAAUCCACCCUGGACUUUCGCCUGAUUGACUACUUCGCUCAAGACUGGUCUGCUCAAUACAGCCUGCGCAGCGAACAGGAAGAGAUCACUUUCAUUGUGUUUGAGUCCCUUCGGGUGGAGGAAGAAGAUCACUACAGUGAUGGUGUGGCGAGGCAGCGGGCCGAGCUGGACAUAGCCGUGCAUGUCAAGUAUGACCAGGGCCAGACAGUGGUGGCUAUCCACUCACCGUACUGGAUGGUGAACAAGACGGGAAGGCUGCUGCAGUACAAGGCGGACGAUAUCCACCGCAAGCACCCGUUGGACUACGACAUGCCACUGCUCUUCUCCUUCAAGCCUCGUUAUUUCCUGAAAAACAACAAGGUCCGUCUCAUGAUCUCUGAGAGUGAACACUCCGAUGAUUUUUCCCUCGACACCGUUGGCAGCUAUGGUGAUGUGAAAUGUAAAGGCCAAUAUAAAGAUUAUCUGGUCGGAGUGAAGAUUGACACGACUAGUUUCAGUCUCACUCGCAUCGUGACCUUCAUGCCGUUCUACAUGCUGGUCAACAGAACUAAGCAGACUGUUUUGGUAUGUGAGGAGGGUCAGGAGAACUGGACCGCAGUCCCGCCUGAACAGUCCACAAUUCCGUUCUGGCCCGAAAAUGAUGCCAAGCUUCUGCAAGUGAAAACCGAAGGCUGUCAGUACCCGCCUCGUACUAUCAAUUUCACACGUCCAGAAAACUGCUUAUUGCUCCAUUUGGACAACACUGUUGGCGGGAUCAUUGUAGAUGUCAACGUGUCAGAGCACUCGGCCACCAUCCGAUUCUCUGACUACCAUGAUGGCGCAGCACCGUUCCUCAUCAUCAACCACACCAAAGAGCAAGUCUUGCAGUUCUAUCAGAGCUCUAAUAAGGCAACAGAGGUAGAGGAAGUGGAGGCUGGGAAAGCCGUGCACUACACUUGGACCGAGCCUACGGGAUCCCGGGAGCUUUGCUGGAGGUGCGGCAAAUACAGUGGGAAACUGAAGAGUGAAGAGGACCUUCAUGAAGACAUAGGGAAGGAAGGCAAACUAUUCGUCAUCUCCUUUUACGAAGGUCUCCAGCGCGUGGUGCUGUUCACCGAAGAGCUGCGCAUCUACAGGUUGCUGUGCCAGAGCGAGAAGGCACAGUUAGCCAAGCAGGAAAUCAUUCUGUCACUUUACAAUGUGGGUGUGUCCUUGGUUAACAACAGCAGCGGCCAGGAAGUCUCUUUCAUCGGGAUCACCAGUUCUGAUGUGGUGUGGGAGCUGAAGCCCAAGAAAAAGAAUCGGUGGAAGCCUCUGACCACCAAUGCAGCUGAGAUUUUGGAGAGACGCUUCAAAGAGUACAUCGACUCUGGAGCAACUGAUAAAGCCAUCGUCCACCUCGACAACAGUUUCCAGGUGUGCUUGUCCCCCAAUGCCACGGAUAUGCGGAUGCUGCAGCCAUGCGAGGCUCUUCUCAGAAGGCAUUUCCUGCCAGGUGUCAAGGUAGAGUACAGUGUUUCGCCACGCCAGAGCUCCUACCGGGUCCAGAUCCACCACAUUCAGAUCCAAAAUCAGCUCCCUGGAGCCAUCUUUCCCUACGUUUUUUAUCCGGUGAAACUUCCAAAGUCCAUCACCAUGGAUGCAGAACCCAAGCCUCUGACUGAUAUCAGCAUUGUCACCAGGGCAGCAGGCCACUCUAAUAUCUCCCGCAUCAAGUACUUCAAAGUGUUGAUCCAAGAGAUGGAUCUGAAACUAGAUCUGGGGUUCCUCUAUGCCGUCCUGGACCUGUUUAGCCCAGAAAAUGCCAGCCCCACAAGUGUCCAACAAGAGGUGGAAUUGUUUGAGAAGGAUGUCGAGUACAUGAAGACAGAGCUGAACCACGUUUCCACCGCUGAUACAACGGCCAUUAGUCUGUACGAGUACUUCCACAUUUCUCCCAUCAAGCUCCACUUGAGUUUCUCUCUGAGCACGGGUGGUGAGGAUGGCCUGAAGGAGAAGCGGGAAACGGAGCUCAUACCUGUCCAGUCGCUCAACCUGCUGCUCAAGAGCAUCGGCGCAACGCUCACUGACGUGCAGGACGUUGUCUUCAAGCUGGCCUUCUUUGAGUUGACCUUCCAGUUCUGCACCACCCAGCAGCUCCAGUGGGAAGUCAUCAGGCAUUAUUCCAAACAGGCAAUCAAGCAAAUGUACGUACUGGUGCUAGGCUUGGACGUCCUGGGAAAUCCCUUCGGGCUGAUCAGAGGGCUGUCUGAGGGAGUUGAGGCCUUCUUCUAUGAGCCCUAUCAGGGAGCAAUCCAGGGCCCCGAGGAAUUUGUGGAAGGGAUGGCCCUCGGAGUGAAGGCUCUGGUUGGAGGAGCUGUAGGAGGCAUAGCUGGCGCCGCCUCCAGGAUUACGGGCGCUAUGGCCAAGGGCAUGGCCGCCAUGACCAUGGAUGAAGAGUACCAGCAGAAGAGGCGAGAGGCAAUGAACAAGCAGCCCAGCAGCCUCAGAGAGGGUCUCACCCGGGGCGGGAAAGGAUUGGUUUCUGGAUUCGUCAGUGGAAUAACCGGCAUCGUCACCAAACCCAUUGAAGGAGCACAAAAGGAAGGAGCGGCGGGCUUCUUCAAAGGCGUCGGGAAAGGCCUGGUGGGGGCUGUCGCCAGGCCUACCGGGGGCAUAAUAGACAUGGCGAGCAGCACUUUCCAAGGCAUCAAGAGGGCGGCAGAGACGUCGCAAGACAUCGAAUCCCUACGCCCCCCUCGCUUCAUCCAUGAAGAUGGUGUCAUACGGCCGUACAGGCAGAGGGAGGGCAUCGGAAGCCAGAUGCUUCAGAAAAUCGAGAACGGUCGUUUUGCUAAAUACCGCUACUUUGCUCACGCCAAAGUCAACGACUCGGACUUCCUCAUGAUCACCAAGAGGGGCAUUUUCUUCGUGACAACGGGCACUUUCGGCCAGCUGAUCUGCGAGUGGCAGUACUUGUUUGACGAGUUUACCAAAGAGCCCACCAUCGUGGAGAACAGACGGCUACGCAUUGAGGCCAAGGAGCGAGUCAAGUCGGUGUUCCACGCCAAAGAAUUCGGCAAGAUCAUCAACUUUAAGACGCCCGAGAUUGCCACGUGGGUUCUGGCAAAACUGGAGGACGCCAGGGACACUUUACCCAAAUACUGAACAAAAAACAACAAAUAUAUGGAAAGCCCUUCGGGCAUUUAUUCCAGCGCAAAUGGCUUGCCAUACACACACACACACCCACACACACAAUAGAGCUCAUGUCCAUUGGUGCCUUUGUUCCCCCCCUCCCUCACCUUUCACCCUGUGUGCAUGCGUUUGCCAUUAGUCAGUUUUUUAACAAGUCCAUCUUGUUAAAUCUCAUGUUUACCAACAAACCUUUGUGCCCCCCCCCCCCGACUUUUAAUGUCACACGCUCACUGAAUGACUCAUUUAAUACUCAGCGACUAAUACAGUAUUUCUUUUUUUGAUACACAUUUUCACAAGCUUGAACUCUGGAGUGUGUGAGUAAAGAGGCACGCCAUUUUUGUACUGACCUGCUGUAGAUUAAUCUUGCUUGAAUGUAAAUACAUAAAUAUGGAUGGAUCAAUUCCCAGAAUAGGUUCACUAGAAGCAGAUUUUAAUUUGGAUGUUUGAUAACAUCACUUUUCAAUGACAAGCUUCUCCGUAUCGCCAAUUUUCACUUUUUGUUUUUCGGUUGUUUGGGCGGGAAAAAAACAAAAGUCACAAGUUCUGGAUAUACAUUCUUUCAUUUUGUGUGCAUUUUCUUCACACUGUAAACAUUGGGUGGAAAUUGUCCUUUUGGGACUAAAACAACUUGCAUUUUUGGUGGGAAUUUUGCUAAAACUUUAAAUAUUUUGUUGAUUUUUUUGGAGGGAUAAAACCUACAUAAGGACACAGUUGGAAAAAAUAUUAGUAAAUUUGGAGAUACUUGGUGAUUUUUUUUUUUUUUUUUUGGUAAUUUUUUUGGGAGGGGUCAGUUUUUUUUGUUUUCCAGUGAGACUUGCACAGGAAUAAUUGGAGGUAAAUGGUUUGAUUUGGUGAGGUGUUUUUAUCAGAAAAGCAAAAUACUGUAAUACUGUUUUUUGUGUUUGGGACAAAAAGUCACGAAGUUUGGAGAUGCAUAGUAAAAUAUAAAGGGAAAAAAAUUGUGGACCAAUAUUUUAAAAAAAAAACAAUCUGGAAGAGACUUUUUUUCUGAAUCUACAAAAUUUUGAAAAUUUAAAUUACAAAAUUUGGAAAUAAAUUUUUUGAGAUUUUUUAAAAAAUAAUACUUUUUUGUUAUUUUUGUUUAGGACACAAAUUAAUGUAUAAAUUCUGGAUUUACAUUUAAAUUUUGAGAUUUUUCAAAAAUCUAUGUAUGCCCUAAUUUUGUGAUUUUUAAAAAAGGAAAAAAAACCUUCUGAUAAAAAGGAACAAGCUCACAAAAUUAGAUAGCCAUGAAUUUAGUGAUUCCUUUUUUUUCACACUUUAUUUUUAAAAUCACAAAAGAGGCAAACUUUGGAGAUACUGUCCAUGCUUCUCAUUAGAUAGUGAGGAUAUGCAAGACCAACCAUGUUGUUAAAAGAAAAAAGCGUAUUUAAAAGAAGGGAAUGCUAAUUAUGAUUUUUAAAAAUAUUUACAUAUAUUUGCUUUAUUCUAUUUUGGGGCUGGCGUAUGUUUUUAGGUAUGUGGCUUCUUCAUUUUCUUCAAUAAAAGAACGACUAGUG